UGUCCCCCGUCGUCUCGGGGGCUCCAGGCCCGCGCCAACGUCUGGGCACGUCCCCCCUAGUGGCGCGUUCCACGCACGUCCGCGCACUUAACCUCUGCGCGCCCGGCGCUGUGCUGGCGUCGGGGAGUGCGAGCCUGCGGCGGCAGCCCCGCGGACCAUGACUUGCUACCGGGGCUUCUUGCUGGGCAGCUGCCGGCGCGUGGCGGGAGGCCGGGCGGCUCUGCGGGGCUCGGGCGCGGACGGACGGCGGCACCUGGGGCACGGGCAGCCGCGCGAGCUGGCGAGCCGUGGUAGCCGCGCCGACGGAGGCUUCCGCCCCUCGCGGGUGGUGGUGGUGGCGAAAACCACUCGCUACGAGUUCGAGCAGCAGCGGUACCGCUAUGCGGAGCUCUCGGAGGAGGACCUGAAGCAGCUGCUUGCAUUGAAAGGCUCGAGCUACAGUGGACUACUUGAACGACAUCAUAUUCACACCAAAAAUGUAGAACAUAUAGUAGAUAGUUUACGGCACGAAGGGAUUGAGGUCCGCCUAGUAAAGCGGAGGGAGUACAAUGAAGAAACUGUUGGAUGGGCUGAUGCUGUCAUAGCAGCAGGAGGUGACGGCACGAUGCUUCUGGCAGCCAGUAAAGUUUUGGACAGACUUAAGCCUGUUAUUGGGGUCAACACUGAUCCGGAACGGUCUGAAGGCCACUUAUGUCUGCCUGUUCGAUACACACAUUCCUUCCCUGAAGCCCUGCAGAAGUUCUCGCGUGGCGAGUUCAGGUGGCUGUGGAGACAGCGUAUCAGAUUAUAUCUGGAAGGGACUGGCAUAAACCCCACCCCCGUAGACCUUCACGAACAGCAGCUGAGUUUGAAUCAGCACAGCAGAGCCUUCAACAUUGAAAGAGCUGAUGAUGAAAGAUCCGAGGCAUCGGGACCUCAGCUUUUGCCAGUGCGAGCACUCAAUGAGGUCUUCAUCGGGGAGAGCCUGUCAUCCAGAAUGCCUUAUUGUUGGGCUGUAGCAGUGGACAAUUUAAGAAGAAGUAUACCCAAUCUAAAGGGACUGGCUUCGUACUAUGAAAUUUCAGUUGAUGAUGGCCCAUGGGAAAAGCAAAAGAGUUCAGGACUCAAUUUGUGUACUGGAACAGGAUCAAAGGCCUGGUCAUUCAAUAUCAACAGGGUUGCAGCUCAGGCUGUUGAAGAUGUUUUAAAUAUUGCAAGACGACAAGGAAAUCUGACUCUUCCAUUGAACAAAGAGUUGGUAGAAAAAGUAACAAAUGAAUAUAAUGAAUCAUUGCUCUACAGUCCUGAAGAACCAAAAAUACUUUUCAGUAUUCGAGAGCCAAUAGCAAACAGAGUUUUCUCAAGCAGCCGUCAACGUUGUUUCUCAUCAAAAGUUUGUGUCCGUUCUCGAUGUUGGGAUGCCUGCAUGGUUGUGGAUGGAGGAACUUCUUUUGAAUUUAACGAUGGAGCAAUUGCUUCAAUGAUGAUCAAUAAAGAAGAUGAGCUUCGAACUGUGAUUCUAGAGCAGUGAAGGAUUUCCUCAGACAACACAUUUGAUUACUAGAAGUAUUUUUUUUUUCUGCAGAUACAGAUGACCAGCCAUAAACCUACCUUAUUUUGGUCCUUACUGAGACUGGCUAUCACUAGAGUCAAAGGUGACAAAGUAGGAUCUAUGUCCUGUUCUGUUCCAUUGUGAUAGACAAAAACUGUUCACCAUGUGAGAAAUGGUGGACUAAAUGGAUUAAAAUUACAUUGGUGACAUUUCUAUAUUAUUUACAGUUGGUAACCAAGAGUAUUGACAUUGUUUAGAGAGGCAGGUUAAAUAAAAGGUUAAGUAUUUAGGAUUUCAAAUUUAACUGUAUAAGCGUUUUGGUUUGGUUUUGUUUUUUUCUUCCUAACUUUGUAUUGGCUUUGUGUCAUUUGACUAGUGCAUUAUUUUUAUAGUACCUAAAGGUAAAGAUUUUUAAAAAUUUUGAUGGAGAAUUUUGAUAAAUCAUGAUGUUGACCUAACUGAAGUUGGUAAAUGUGUUUUUAUAUAUGCUAAGAAUUUUCUAGUUCUAGGAAAUAAUGAUGAAAUUAUUAUUGAUUGAAAAAAUUGAAUCAUUUUUAAAAUUACUUGUAGAUGAAUUCUGACUUCUUUUGGUUAAUGUCAGCAAUGCUAGAUAAAGUACAUCUGUUGGGACAAAUGAUGUAAAUGUAUUAAUUUUUCUGUACAAAUUGUUGGUCAGACAAACUUUUUUUUUUAAAUAACUUGAGUCCAGUAGCCCCUUUCCUGUCUUUGAAUCUCUAGUAUGAACUCAAGGAUUAGAAAGAUAACCAAUGAAUAUGUUUUGUUAGGAGUUUGGUAAAACAUUCAAACCUUCUUUUCGUUUUAGAAUUGUCAGCAAGAGAAUUGGGCAUAGUUUUGGAAUUGCCUUACUUUAGCAUUUUUGUAUUCCAAACUUUAAACAGUAGCUCUGUAGGAUAAAAACACCAGACCUUCCCCUACCCCAAUAUAAAAACCUGCCACUUAUUCAGUUGAGUAGUUUUCACUUGGUGGAAUUGGUUUUCAUUGACAAAGCAUUUAUUGAAGAUGCAUUCUGUGUCACAUAUCACGGCAUGCGUUGGAUAGACACUGACUAGACUGUUGAUGGAACUUGAGCCCAGUGAGCUCAGAAGUCAGUGCUGAAAGCUAGGACGCUAAGUAUGAUCAGAUCAAAUGCUCUUAGCUUUGCCAAGCUCAACCUGCUGCUCUUAACAACAAAACAUGAAUGUCGAUGUGCAAGGCAAGCUGGGUUCGUCUAGGUUUUGCUGUUUACUCAGAAUGUGUUCCUCAGGAGUAUCUGCAGAAGGAAAUACGUUAGUGUUUUUGCUGAGCCAAGUCUUACUUUCUAGUUCAAUUUUUUAAAAAAUGAUAAUAUUUAAGAUACCACUUUAUAUGGAAGUUAAAUUCCACACUAUAUAAAUUUCCCCCAAAGGCUAAAAAUACUUUGUGAGGGGGGAAUGCCACUUCUGUCCUUACUAUAUCCAGGAAUCUGGUUGUCCAUGAUUUACCACAGAUCUAUUAAUAUGUACUAUUAGCUAGUAACUAGCUGUGUGGAAUUGUUCAUAAGCUACAUUUGGAAAAGUGUUAAAAUUACUAUGUUUGCAAUCUAACUUCUGCUCUGUUGCAGGAAGGAUUUAUUUGUAAUAGAUGAAUGACAAAGGGUGUUGGAGUAUCAAAAAUGUCUUUUUGAAUGGAUUAACCUUUAAUGACCAUUGUAUGCAAAUAAAACUAAACCAUUGUCUGUUCUUUA